AUGCGUGUUCCUAUUAAGACUUUAAAGUGUGAUUUAUGGGAGAUUUUUCUGAAUGGUGAUAUCCCUAAAAGCAGGGAUAUUUUUAUUCGAAAGUCUAUAAAAGAAAAGCUUCCAGUUUUAGUGACGGACACUCUUUCUUCAUUUCUUAACUGUUUCCUUUCAGGUAAUGGUUAUAUUGAGGGAAGUGAACUGGAAGAUUUUCUACGAGAACUGGUGACAAGCGUCUUAAAGACAGACGAUGGUAACGAGGCUGUGUCAGAAACGGCUUUCAACGAUGCUAAAGAAUUAUUUAUGGAUGCUUUUGAUGUCAACUUGGAUGGCAAAAUUGAUAUUUCCGAGUUAACCGAACUACUUCCAGUGGAGGAGAAUUUUUUGCUUCUUUUCCGCAGAGAUCAUCCGCUGGACUCCAGUGUAGAAUUCAUGCAAACAUGGAAGACAUUUGAUUGUGACCAUAGCGGUUAUAUAGAGGCUGAUGAACUGAAGAAAUUUCUGCGUCACCUGCUGCAACAAGGCAACAGUGAAAACGUUGUCACAGAAGAUGAACUUAUUAUUUACGCUGAUACAAUUCUCAAACUCUUUGAUCGAAAUAAUGAUGGGAAACUGCAGCUUAGCGAAAUGUCGAAGUUGCUUCCAGUCAAAGAAAAUUUCCUGUGCCGGCCCAUAUUCAAAGGUGACAAAGGAUUUACAAAAGAUGAUCUGGAUCAUGUUUUUGCUUUGUACGACAGAGACAAAAAUGGCAGCAUUGAAAAUGAAGAAUUACAUGGAUUUUUAAAAGACUUGAUGGAACUUAUUGAAGAGGAUUACAGCAGUGAAGAUCUUGAAGAAUCUAAACGCAUCUUGUUGCAGCAAUGCGAUUUGAACAGGGAUGGCAAGAUCAACAAAGACGAGCUGACCAUGUUGCUGAUGUCCUACGACCAGAUGCGAAUGAAUUCCCUAAGCUUACAAAAAUUGAAGCUAUGGAUGAUGCGUAAAUACUAUAAUGUCAAGUUUGAAAUAUUAAAGCUUGCUGCCUUCUUGACUCAAAAUAAGAAGAAAAAUAAUGAGAAUCACUUUGGAAGUAACUUUGGUCAAUGAUUGCUCCCUUUUUUGUAACUCUGUCUUGCAGCCAGGCCUGCAUUACCAAUCCCUAACUAUGACCCAGCUAUAGAUCAGUUAUAGAUCUAUCAAUAAAUCACAUAAAAAACCACAAAAGAGUUUGGACACAUCCACCACCCUACAAUAACGACAAUUGUCCCACCACCCACAUUGGUGGUUCUCUGUCUUAAGACCUAUAUUUAGGACUUGUCCUAGCAGGAUGGCAUGAAUGCUAAUGAUGAUGAUGAUGAUGAUGA